AUGAAGUAUUUUUCAGUCAAUCUAUUUAUUGGAUUCCUUGCAAUUGUCUCAGUUGUGGUCCUUCCAUCUUUGGCAAACCCAACUAUUCGUGAUUUGGACAAGUACUCCUUUGACAUGUAUCUUGCCGAGUUUGGAAAACGGUAUGAUAAUCCCGAAGAAUACCGCAAGCGAAGUCAAAUCUUUUCUGGUACAUUGGCAGAAGUAAAAAAAUUAAAUAAAGAUCCACAUCGUUCAGUACAGUUUGGUAUUAACCGAUUCAGUGAUCUUACGGAUGAAGAGUUCACACAACAAAUGAAUGGACGUGUCUCCGCUCACCAAACUACAUCUUCCUUGCAGAGAAAUUCUUACAUUUACAAAGGAGCUAAUGUACCAGAAUCAAUGAGUUGGCAAGAUGCAAAGGAUCCUGUUCUUACUCCAAUUAAAGAUCAAGGUAGUUGUGGAUCAUGUUGGGCACAUGCAGCAACCGAGUCUGUAGAAAGUAUGUAUGCCAUUCACACUGGGAAGUUGUUUACUUUAAGCACACAACAGGUUACAUCCUGUACAAACAAUACACAUCACUGCGGUGGAAUCGGUGGCUGUGGUGGUGGAACAGUGCAAUUGGCCUGGGAAUACGUUAAAACCGCCGGUGGUCUCACCCUUAAUGAAACGUAUCCAUACAUAAGUGGUGAAACAAGUGAAACAGAGAAGUGUCAACUGAAUUCAAGUGUUAAAAGUGAUGUAACGGUAUACAGUUAUGUAUCACUUCCUCAUAAUGACUAUAAUGCUGUUAUUGAAGCCCUUGUUACGGUUGGUCCACUUGCCGUAAGUGUUGAUGCUAGUCAAUGGAAAAAUUACGUGAGUGGUAUAUUUGACCUCUGUGGGAAGGAUAAGGGGAAUAUUACUAUUAACCAUGCUGUUCAGCUUGUUGGUUACGGGAGUGAUAACGAAACAAAACAAGAUUACUGGAUUGUGCGUAACUCUUGGGGAAAAGACUGGGGAGAAAAUGGUUACAUCCGACUCCUUCGGAAGAAAAGUAAUGACACUUGUCUUCCGGAUGAAGACUGGAAUACGAUGGGAGGCGGCUGUGAGAAUGAUGAGAAUGUGACGAUCACAGCAUGUGGAAUGUGUGGUAUCCUUUACGAUGUCGCCUACCCCCGAGUCACGGAAACACCAGAAAAGGCCAAAUAUGCAUGGAUUGCCGGUGUGGCAUUUGGAGCACUGGCUCUUGUUAUGAUUUGUUUGGUUAUUUACAGCAAGUGUCGCUAUACAAAACCCGCCACUGAUGUUGCUCUUCUUGAUGCAGAAUCAGUUUAUAUGAAGGAUUAA